AAUAAAGAUGGCUGCGUUUUCACGUUAGUAGGUAAAUUCUCUGCAAAAGUUAGUUCUCUGUUAACUAAUUUUAUCAAUAUGAAGUCGGACGUCGAGGAGCUAAUGCCUAGACUCCUGCCUGUGGAGCUUAGAUAUAUUAACGAUGAGUUGGAUUUAAAUGGGCCUCCAAGAAACCCCCAAGAAUAUCUGCGACAAGUCCAGUUGGAGGCGUCAAUGUGCCCUGAUGUGGUGGUAGCCCAGAUUGAUCCUAAAAAACUAACGAAGAAACAAACGGUCAACGCAUUGGUACCAAGCUGUCACUCAGCCCCCAAAGGAUUUUCUCCCAGUCUCAGCUGGCAACAGAAACAAGUUAGCACCUUCUCAGAUGUCAGACAGAGCAUUACGAAAACCAGGAUACACUGGAGUAGCCAGUCACUUGAUAACAAUGUCCUCAUGCCCAAGAUUACCGAUGAGGAGGGCUGGAGGACAUUUUGUCUGGGGAGGAAAGUCUGUUUAGACCCAUCUAUCAAUACCGAUGCAGAACCCGCUCUUGAACUUGAUUAUAGCCAGGUUGGCUUCCCUCCAUUCCUUAGCAUCGUCAGCAGGCUCAACCAGUCUACAGUACUGAUAGUUCUAGAUAUUCUUAUUCACUGGUUUGAAGAAAACGACUUUGUUCCACAGUUGGGUCGUUGGUUGUAUGCUCUAUUGGCCUGUUUGGAAAAGCCUCUAAUACCUGAAGCCCACUCCUCCAUCAGGCAAUUGGCGAGAAGAUGUUCACAGCUUCGAAGCACAUUGGAGAGUCAAGAUGAUGAAAAACUACCUGCUCUAAAUUUGCUUAUUUGCCUUGUUGCCAGAUACUUUGAACAAAGAGACCUAGCAGACCAGCCAGAAACUGAAAUCUGAAGAAUUCAAAGCAGUGACUCACUUCAUAUUGUCAAAAACAUCUCAGGGGUGUCAAAACUAUGGCAUGGGGCAAACAUGAACUUCGACCAAUUUUUGUCAGUCUCCACAGCCUCCUGCUGAAUUGGCCCAAAUGAUCAUGGCCAGCAUUUUUAUUAUUAUUUUUUUUUACUGCAAAUUAAACUCAGUUAACAUUGUGAUGUGUUACAGACCUCAAUUUAUGUUACAAGCCUUAUUACACAGUAAAAUAUUUAACAGUAAAAUCUGUAAAAUGCAAUUAUUUGAAUGAUUAAUUUGAUUGUUUAUUAUAAUUAUUUUAUCUGUGUCUACUUCACACAUUUCAUAUGCAGGGCUUGUGUUAAAGUUAUGGAAAUUGUGCCAAUACAUUGUUUUCAAUUAAAGUAUUUCCUAGGACUGUAACCGAUCAUUCUUAUAAGGCCACAAGGAUUAUUACAUGUAUAAUAAGUGUUUUAUCGUUCAUUCUAGUAGUUACUGAUUUUUUUUUUUUAUAGCUCCCCUCUAUUUCAGUUACUAUAUAUUAUAUU